AAGUGGGAUGGGCCGCACAAUUUCCUCUCUGCGGGUUUCUGGUUUCCUCCGCAUGCAUAAAUAAGCCGAUGGUCGCUCGCUGCAGAGUUUCUCAGGAAGAUAGAGAGCGGAGCGUUGCGUCCUGGCGAGAAACAUGGCCGGAGAAGGCGGAUCAGAUUUGGCAGCGCUAAAACAGGAGAAUUCCCAGCUAAGGUCAGCCAUUGCGGAACUGCAGAGUCGACUCAACCAAUGCGAGAGCGACAAACUACAGCUACAGACAAGUUACGAGCAAGCUCUGCAGGCACUGGCAGACAGUGAGGCAAGAAGAGAGACCUCAGACAAGGAGAUGAAACUGGCACAGAAUCAGAUGAGCUCCAUGUGGAAGCAGCUGGAAUCACUUCACAAGACCAUAGACGGCGGCUCCCAGGCUCCGCCCACGGGGACGUCACUCAUUAACGAGAGGUCUCUACAGCUGCACUGUACUCUCUGUCGUGAGAAAAUACGUGGUGUCGAUGGUUCAUCAGCCUCUAACAACAAGAGUCCCCCAGUUAGCCCUGACUCCUCCCCCCAGCCCGUCGCUAGGCAACAACGCAAAGGCAGCUGGCUCUUUGGAAGACGACAAAGGAUGCAGGAUCUGGAGGCCCAUUCCAAGACCUGCUCCAGUCCCCAGUCCAGUCCAAGCAAGACUCCUCGCUCCAGGAAACUCAUUGCUCCCAGUCCUGGUUCUGGUACCAGCCCCUCCCACAGGGAGCGUGGAAUGGGGACAGACUUCCUGAUAAUCAGCGUCACCAGAAGCCCUCCUGGUGCAACCGACCUUUCACCUUUCAAGAUCAUCACCAAAACAAAUCUCUCCCAAUUUCCGGCGAUGUCGUUCGAUGUGAACCGCUCACAAAUGGAUUUCCAGUGGCUCUACGAUGUCCUACAGGACGCCUGUCCAGAGAGGAUCGUCCCGCCGCUCAAACCCCCCAUUUCUCUCGACGCCACAAUCUCAGAGUUUCAACGCUUCCUCUCUCGCAUUUCCACUCACAAGGUCCUGCGGAGUCAUCACUUGUUUGUCGUGUUCCUCUGCGGAAAAUCAGAGGAGCUGAAGAGUGUGAAAGCGAAGUACCGUCCGUCUCGGUCAGGGGACCAGGUCCAGUACAAGCCUGCCGUUGGUAGAGACACAAACAGUGGUCCCUUGGUGGCCACGAAGGAGUACCUCACCACCCUGGAGCAGAACCUCCUGGGGCUGGCCAACCACCUCGAGCAGUCAGUGAGGAGGAAGACACACUCCGAGAGAACGGCUCACUGGUUCAGAGCAAUCAGUGAGAGUGAACCGGGAGACACGUACCUCAAGACGGCGUCCUCUGACCUCGCCAGGACCUGCGACACCAUGGAAACGAGUCACGGCGACUCUGAAGACACACUCCUCGUACACAACCUCCAGAGCAUUGCCGACUACGUCCGAGCCUGUCUGGUAUGUCAAUAUCUAGUAGAGCCCCUCCUCUAAUGACACUCCUGAAAUGAGGGCACCUGAUUUGUGAACACGUGACUUUCUGUUU